AUGGUAAAUACAGGGCCGACCCGCGGAGGGCUGGCACCGCCACUGCUCCUGGCGCUCGUGCUCGCGUCCGCGGCCAUCGAGUCACUGGAUAAUGCCACACAUGACACAAAGAAUUCUCCUCUUAUCGUACACAUUUCAAAUUCUGAAAACGAAACCAAACCUGGUUCCCACAUCAAUACCACUGUCCCUCCCUCGACCAGCACUGAGAAGAGUGGAGGAGCGUCUGAAGCCCCCACGCCCCUGCCCACCGCUUCUGUGUCCCUCGAGGAGGCCGACAGCAAUGACCAUCCCAGCAUGGAAGAUGAGGAUCUUCUUUCCCUCAAUAGUUCUCCUUCCACAGCCAAAGACACUCUGGACAAUGGAGACUGCGGAGAACCAGACUACGACUGGACCAGCAACCCCAGGGAUGAGGAGCCCGAGGAGGCUCUGGAAGAAAGCAGGGCUUAUGUGGGAAUCGAACAGUCAGUGAAAUCUUUUAAGGCGCCAUCCUCAAAUAUGGAAGAGGAAGAUAGCUAUUUCUUUUUUCAUCUUAUUAUUUUUGCUUUUUGUAUAGCUGUCGUUUAUGUUGUAUAUCACAACAAAAGGAAGAUUUUCCUCCUUGUCCAAAGCAGGAGAUGGCGGGAUGGCCUUUGUUCCAAAGCAGUGGAAUACCACCGUCUGGACCAGAAUGUCCAUGAGGCUAUGCCCUCCCUCAAGAUUACCAAUGACUAUAUUUUCUAAAGCACUGUGAUUGGAGUUUGCUUUUUAUGUAAUUUUAUUUGCUUGACUUUUUAUAUUGUGCAGAUGUUUGCCAUAGGCAAUUGGUACUUUAAAAUGAGAGGUGGAUCUCUCUUUUGCCUUGGUGCUUUGGGGGUCAAUGUCACAAACAAGGAGCAUAGGAACUUUUUGUCUACUUUAGAGCUGAGUUUAAUCAGGUGUCUGAAAUGUGAUUUAAGCAUUACCUUGUAUCUGUGCUGUUUUUA